AUCCGCACUCAUCAAGUUCUCAAAUUCAAAGUAUUUGUACCUAGCCAACACCCAGCAGUAGCCAUGGUGGAGAUCUUUAGGAUGUACGUCGAGAAAUCUCACACGGCGAAAAGCAAAUUGAAGCUUCCCAGUCUCAGUGAUUCACAAAUUGCCGAACUUCAAGCUGAUCCGGUGUUCAGGGCUAGCGAUAAUCAGAAUACAUGGAACUGUCAAUACAGACAAUCACCCGAUGGUCAGCACUGUCUCCAUGUUGAACAAUGGGAUCAUUUUAAGGGAAGAAUUAAUGGCAGGACGAUCAGCCUUUACAAAGAAUAUGAUCCUUACAGCCAGGGAGCUCCGUCCUACAAAUUUGAAGUCCAGUAAUUGAGAAAGUGGUUGUUCAUGUUUUUAGACUUGCUUUUAAGUAUUUCCUAGUUAAGUAUCUUUUUAGAGAAUAAAAAAUGUUUUUUUCA